AUGAUAUACGAAAAGAAAGUGAUGUACGAAGAAGAUGAUGACAUGGAGAAUGUUCCGAUGGAAGGGGACUAUAACGAUGAGACAGACGAGAUCAGUGCUGAAGCGUGGCAAGAGGCGUGUUGGGUUGUAAUCAGUGCUUAUUUCGAUGAGAAGGGACUCGUUCGACAACAACUUGACUCGUUCGAUGAAUUUGUUCAAAUGAACGUUCAAAGAAUUGUAGAAGAUUCACCACCGGUCGAACUUCAAUCUGAAAACCAACAUCUCGGAAAUGAUAUGGAAAAUCCGGCCAAAUUCUCAUUGAAAUUCAAUCAAAUCUAUCUAUCCAAACCGACUCAUUGGGAGAAAGACGGAGCUCCAAUGCCUAUGAUGCCUAAUGAAGCACGUCUUCGGAACCUGACGUAUGCAUCACCACUUUACGUUGAUAUCACGAAAGUCGUGACACGAGACGAUUCAGUGAAUGAGAAACUUUACGAGAAAGUUUUCGUUGGAAAAGUACCGGUCAUGCUGCGCUCCAGUUAUUGUAUGUUAUCCAAUAUGACAGAUCGUGAUCUAACAGAACUUAACGAGUGUCCGCUCGAUCCGGGAGGCUACUUUGUUAUCAAUGGAUCAGAGAAAGUACUCAUUGCUCAAGAGAAAAUGGCUACGAACACAGUUUACGUUUUCUCCAUGAAAGACGGAAAAUAUGCAUUCAAAACGGAGUGUCGCUCAUGUUUAGAAAAUUCUUCGAGACCAACUUCUACAAUGUGGGUCAAUAUGCUUGCCAGAGGAGGAGGUGGUGGAAAGAAAACUGCGAUGGGACAAAGAAUUAUUGGAAUUUUGCCAUACAUCAAACAGGAAAUUCCUAUCAUGAUCGUGUUUCGUGCAUUAGGAUUCGUAUCAGAUCGUGAUAUCCUCGGACAUAUUAUCUAUGAUUUCGAUGAUCCGGAAAUGAUGGAAAUGGUCAAACCUUCAUUGGAUGAAGCAUUUGUCAUUCAGGAACAAAACGUUGCUCUCAAUUUUAUUGGUGCACGCGGAGCCAAACCUGGAGUUACCAGAGAACAAAGAAUCAAAUAUGCUCGCGAAAUUCUCCAAAAAGAAUUGUUACCACACGUUGGUGUUUCGGAACAUUGUGAAACUAAAAAGGCUUUCUUCAUUGGAUAUAUGGUUCAUCGUCUUCUAUUAGCCGCCCUCGGUCGUCGCGAGCUUGACGAUCGAGAUCACAUUGGAAAUAAAAGACUUGACUUAGCCGGACCACUUCUUGCUUUCCUCUUCCGUGCCCUUUUCAGAAACUUACUCAAGGAGAUGAGAAUGACUGCCCAAAAGUAUAUCAACAAAAACGAUGACUUUGCAUUGGAUGUGUGUGUUAAAACAUCGACUAUCACCCGAGGACUAGCAUAUUCAUUGGCUACUGGAAACUGGGGGGAUCAGAAAAAAGCUCAUCAGUCCAGAGCUGGUGUAUCUCAAGUGCUCAAUCGUCUCACAUACACAGCCACACUUUCUCAUUUGCGUCGUGCCAACUCUCCAAUCGGUAGAGAAGGAAAACUAGCCAAGCCACGUCAAUUGCACAAUACUCAAUGGGGAAUGGUUUGUCCUGCUGAAACUCCAGAAGGACAAGCUGUGGGCUUAGUGAAAAACUUGGCUUUGAUGGCUUAUAUUUCUGUCGGAUCUUUACCAGAACCAAUUUUGGAGUUCUUGGAAGAAUGGUCUAUGGAGAAUCUUGAAGAAGUAUCACCGUCUGCAAUUGCAGAUGCGACGAAAAUCUUUGUCAAUGGUGCAUGGGUGGGAAUUCAUCGAGAACCAGAUCAGUUGAUGACGACUCUGAAAAAGCUACGUCGUCAAAUGGAUAUUAUUGUUUCUGAAGUUUCUAUGGUUCGUGAUAUUCGAGACAGAGAGAUUCGUAUCUAUACUGAUGCUGGAAGAGUUUGUCGACCACUGCUCAUCGUUGAAGAUCAAAAGUUGGCUUUGAGAAAGAGGCAUAUUGACCAGUUGAAGGAUAUUGAUGAAGCAAAUAAAUAUACAUGGUCUGAUCUGGUUGGUGGUGGAGUGGUAGAGUUGAUCGAUUCAAUGGAAGAAGAAACAUCAAUGAUUGCAAUGAUGCCAGAAGAUUUACGAAGUGGUGGUUAUUGUGAUACUCACACACAUUGCGAAAUUCACCCAGCUAUGAUUCUGGGUGUAUGUGCAUCCAUCAUUCCCUUCCCAGAUCACAAUCAGUCUCCACGUAAUACAUACCAGAGUGCUAUGGGUAAACAAGCUAUGGGAGUUUACACGACAAAUUUCCAUGUUCGAAUGGAUACUCUUGCACAUGUCCUUUAUUAUCCACAAAAACCACUCGUCACCACCAGAUCUAUGGAAUAUCUUCGUUUCAAUGAACUGCCAGCUGGUAUCAACGCUAUUGUGGCCAUUCUUUCGUAUUCAGGAUACAAUCAGGAAGACUCCGUAAUUAUGAACAACUCAGCCAUUGAUAGAGGUCUUUUUCGCUCUGUAUUCUAUCGGUCUUAUCGUGACAACGAGGCAAAUCUUGAUAAUGCUAAUGAAGAGCUUAUCGAGAAACCGACGCGGGAGAAGUGCUCUGGAAUGCGUCACUCUUUGUACGACAAACUCGAUGAAGAUGGUAUCAUUUCACCCGGAAUGCGUGUUUCUGGAGAUGAUGUCAUCAUCGGAAAAACUGUUGCUCUACCCGACAUUGAUGAUGAUUUGGAUGCAACAGGAAAGAAAUAUCCGAAAAGAGAUGCUUCAACAUUUUUGAGAAGUUCCGAGACAGGAAUUGUUGAUCAGGUUAUGCUCUCACUUAAUAACGAUGGCAACAAGUUUGUUAAAAUUCGAAUGCGAUCUGUUCGACUCCCUCAAAUUGGAGACAAAUUUGCAUCUCGUCACGGUCAGAAAGGUACAAUGGGUAUCAUGUAUCGGCAAGAAGAUAUGCCUUUCACUGCUGAAGGACUUACUCCUGAUAUCAUCAUUAACCCUCAUGCGGUACCGUCUCGUAUGACAAUUGGUCACUUGAUUGAAUGUCUUCAGGGAAAACUAUCUGCCAACAAAGGUGAAAUCGGUGAUGCCACGCCGUUCAACGACACAGUUAACGUACAGAAAAUCUCUGGUCUCCUUUGUGAGUAUGGAUAUCAUCUCCGUGGUAACGAAGUGAUGUACAAUGGUCACACCGGAAAAAAAUUGACUACACAAAUUUUCUUCGGUCCAACUUAUUAUCAGCGCCUCAAGCAUAUGGUCGAUGACAAGAUUCACUCGCGUGCACGCGGCCCAAUUCAGAUGAUGAACCGUCAACCUAUGGAAGGAAGAGCUCGUGAUGGAGGUCUUCGUUUCGGAGAAAUGGAACGUGAUUGUCAAAUUUCACACGGAGCAACUCAGUUCCUUCGGGAACGUCUCUUCGAAGCGUGCCGCAACAAAACCCAAGUGUCAGCGGUUCGUAUUCCAUACGCUUGCAAGCUCCUUUUCCAAGAACUCAUGUCCAUGUCUAUCGCACCGAGACUCAUGGUCAAACCUCAACAACCAAAGCGUGCAAAACAUCAGACAGAAGCUUGA